AAGGGGUCCCAGGGCUGCAGCGGGGGGGGGGGUGCAUGGGGGGGGUCAGGGAGAGGAGGGUCCUGCCCCCCUCCUUCCUCUGCACAGCCCGGGAGGGGGCGAGCUUGCCAGGGUGGUCUCCCUUGGGAUGCUGAGAAAAGGCAGGCAAAGAAGCCCCUUUCAGGUUAGGGAAAGAUGGGCAGAGAUGGCAGCCAGGGGGAAACAUUCUGAGCAGCUCCCCUUCCCAGACUUCUGGGUCCUGGAAACACCUGUCUCUGGGGUCAGAGGCCUUGGGAAAGAGGGGCAGGUGCCGGGGGGGGGGCUCUGUGGGGAGUGUAUGCCCUAUCGUACGGCCCUAAAAAAGAUGCCAGACUCAUUAGAAAAGGAUUUGCUAGCCGCUUUAAUAAGGACAGACAGAACUUAGCAGAAGGCCAAGUGUUUCCUUCCGAUAUCUUGGAGGAUUCCUGAGAACACAGAUGGAUGAGCAAGACUCAGCUGGCCCUGAAGCAGGAAGGGGCCAUGCCAUCAACACUGGGAGCAGUGAAGGAUUCUGGGAAAGCUCCGUGAAGAAGAUCCUGGGUGAGGAGGACACCCUCCACUCUGAUAUGAAGAGCCAGCAGUUUAGGCAGUUCUGCUACCAGGAGGCCAACGGACCCCGAGAGAUUUGCAGCCAACUCCACCACAUUGCCUGUCGGUGGCUGAAGCCAGAAAAGCAUACGAAAGCUGAGAUGCUGGACCUGGUGAUCUUGGAGCAGUUCCUGGCUGUCCUUCCACCGGAGAUGGAGAGCUGGGUGAGGGAAUGUGGAGCGGAGACCAGUUCCCAGGCGGUGGCCCUGGCCGAAGGAUUCCUCCUGAGUCAGGCAGAGGAGAGGAAGCAGGCAGAGCAGCAGGGAAAGAUUAUCUUUGCAGAAAUGGGCCUGGAUUCCUCUGAGGCAGAGAAGACUCCGUUGGUCAGGAGAGAGAGGCCAAUAGGUGACAGAAUGAUACCAGGGAUACCUCCAUCUUUGCAUGGAGGCAGAGGAGAAGCAGCAGCUCUGGAACCAGAUCAGGGCCUAGUAUGCUUUGAAGAUAUAGCUGUUCGUUUCACAGACGAGGAGUGGGCGUUGCUGGAUCCUGACCAGAGAGCUCUGCAUAAGGAAGUCAUGGAGGAGAAUGGUGGGAUCAUGAACUCUCUCAAUGGUGAUGAAUCAGAGAUUAAGAACCAGGGAGACCAUGACCAUGUCUACACCAUGGAGAAGCAAUGUAAAUAUUCUGAGUGUAGAGAGAACUUCAGUCAAAGCUCCCACUCCGCUUCCCUCCGAAUAAAUCCAUUUGGGAAUAAAUCCUAUCAGUGCCUGGAAUGUGCGAAGAGCUUCAGUCGGAAAGAGAGUCUCACUUCCCAUCAAAGAAUUCAUACAGGGGGGAAACCGUAUCAGUGCAUGGAAUGUGAGAAGAGUUUCAGUCGGAAGUUCAAUCUAACAGCCCAUGAAAGACUUCAUACAGGAGAGAAACCAUAUCAAUGCUUGGAAUGUGCGAAGAGCUUUACCCAGAAAAAGGAUCUCACUUCCCAUCAGAGAAUUCAUACAGGGGAGAAACCAUUUCAGUGCUUUGAAUGUGGAAAGAGUUUCACCUGGAAGAAAAGUCUCACUUCCCAUCAAACAAUUCAUACAGGGAAGAAACCAUAUCAGUGUUUGGAAUGUGGGAAGAGGUUCUGUCGGAGUGCCCAUCUCACAACCCAUCAAAUAAGUCAUACAGGGGAGAAACCAUAUCAGUGCUUGGAAUGUGGGAAGAGCUUCAGUCGGAAGUUCAAUCUCACAGUCCAUGAAAGAAUUCAUACAGGAGAGAAACCAUAUCAGUGCAUGGAAUGUGAAAAGAGGUUCACCAGGAAGUUCUAUCUCAUAGUCCAUGAAAGAAUUCAUACAGGAGAGAAACCAUAUCAAUGCUUGGAAUGUGGACAGAGCUUCGGUCAGAAGACCAGUCUCAUAGGCCAUCAAAGAUGGCACAGUGGGGAGAAACCAGACAAUGGCUGUCUAUGAAUUUAAUUUUCAGAGACUUUGAUUAAUAUGUUCAACACGGACCCUGAGUUCCACUUCUGAAGGCCUUCUGCCAGUUCCCUGAUUGUGGGAAGUGAGGUUACAUGGAACAAGGCAAGGGGCCUUUUUGAUAGUGUCACCCGCCUUGUGGAACUCCCUCUUGUUAGAUGUUAAGAAAAUAAAUAACUAUCUGACUUUUA